UUCUUGUACUUUCCAAGCUUCACAUAGGGACUAGGAAGCUCACCAAGUUGCAGACUGAAUGUUUUCUAUGUGUCCUCCAUGAGGAUAGGAGAGAGAUGAAGGUGGAAAGAAGAGAAGUUUGGUGUAAGUGUGUGUUUUUUUUCUUUAUGUGCUUCUCCUUUGCUUUAUUUUUAGGAGGACGGUAAAGUGAAAGAAUUUGAUUGAAAUACCUCUAUGGUUUCCUCUUUUUUUUCAUAUUCCUUCUUUUCUUCGCCCACUUGAUUUAGGAUUUCUUCCUUUCUAUUUAACUUGGGGUUUUUUGGAUGUACAAAUAAUGGUAAUUGAAAAUUAAUCACCAUGGGUUGUGUGAUAAUUUAUAUAUUUUGGAGCAUCUUGGUGCUAAACAACAUCCUAUUAGCAAUUGAGCAAUUGAUGUUAAGAAUAGUUUGAUCAUUUUAUAAAAUGAUAGUUUCAUAUGAUUAUUAUGUGAUAUAAUUUUAUUGAUGGAGGUAAAAGGCAAGAUCAGGCAAGCCAGUGAAACUAAAUGAAAGUUGAGGAGGUUUUUUGUAAAUUUUUUCUUUCAUUUUUAAAUGUCUUUUGUCAUUAGUGAAGCUUGUUGUUUAUUUGAAUUUUAUUUCUUGGAUGUGAAGAGAUAAGAUGUGGCUAUAUGUUGGCUAUUUUGAGGACUUUUGGGGGCAUAAAACCGUCGUGGUGGCACCAUUGGUUGUGUGGAUUGGGAGAAGAUAUUCAUUGCAACUACGUCAAAGUUGUCAUAAUUCAAUUAAAAGUUGGAAAUCGAUGGCUAAUGUGAGGCUUCAUUCAUGGGAAUUAGUGAAAUACAUGGUACUUGAUGAAAUGUAGGCGCUCUCAUUAGGUUGUAACAAGUUUGACGUCGUAUCACGGUUGCAAUGAAUAUUUUCUCACGGGCUUAGCAUCUAAUUGGGGUGUAGGAGCUCAUCCUUUGAUAGCUAAUGCCUAUGGAUUGGAGAAAUUGGAUCUUAUUUAGGCAUAGGAGCUCCUCUAAUAUUUAUUAUGAUUUAAAAAGGGCUAUUAAAAUUUACAGUCUAUCAAAAAGAGCCACUAAUAUUUUUGUGGGGGGUUUUUGGGGUGAAACUAUUCCGUAUUUUGGAUCCGGGUAAGGGCAAGUUGUCCUGUAUAAUUAUUUUUUUAUACUAGAAAUGGAAAGGGUAAGUUUGGUUGCAGAAUAAACUUGGAGCAUGAUAAGUCCCAGAUAAUAGGAUAAAAUUUUAUUCCAGUUCAAAUAAUUUUAUUUCAAAAUCAUUUUAUUUCAUCGGGUCGGAUGAAGUUAUCCUGUCUAACUGCUUCUUUUUUUUUUUUUUUUUUUUUUAAACACACGAAGACCAUGUUUUGUAAUGGAAUAAAUUUGGAAUGGAUGAGUGAAGCUUUUUCAAAUAUUGUUUUAGGAGAUGAGAUAUAUUUCAUGGGAUAAAAGAUUUUUGUUCGUGAGAAGUGUGAAAGGUUGUGUAUGGUGUAUGAUUUCAAUUUGUUCUUAUAAGAAUAAAAUUACUUUCUUAAUGUGUCUAAAAUAGAUAAAAUGGUAACUUGUGGUUAGUUUUUUUAUUUUUAUUUUUUUUUCCUUAGCAUACGAAUGAAAUUGUCUCUCUCAAUAUGUUUAGAGAGGAAAUAGGAGUUAAAAAAAAAAAGAAUAAAAAAAAGGUAAUCGGGCGGAAGGGUAAUUGGUUGCGGUGGUAGUCCAGUGGCAAUUGGCUUGAGCUCCCCUCAGCGAUUGACGUAAUAAUAAUAAUAAAAAAAAAGUGAGGAUAAUUAGUUCUCCGUUCGUCCAUGUGGGAUGCCUAUAUCCAGUCAUCAACUAGAGGCUACGGCCUGUUAAGGCCAUAUAACACCACAGAAAGAUGAGGCCAAAGAAAAAAAAAAAAAUCAAGAAGGAACAAAUUCCGUCUCUACUGGCUCUUAUCAAACAUCAACUGGGAUUCUCUUGACCCGUGCACAGCCACUCAAUUUCUCACUUCCUCCUUCACCACAAUCUCUCCCAUCCCCCGUCUCUCUCUCUGUAUCUAUGUAUCCAUCUCUUUCCUCCUGUGGCAGCCGCCAGCAUCCAGCCUUGAGGGUGUGACACGGAGAAGGAAAGCAUGGGAUGUGCGAGCUCGAAGCGCGUGGAAGCGGCGGUCGCGGCAGACGUCUACCGCCCUCCACCCACCAGCAUCUCCAUUUUCGAUGUCAGCGCCAUCCAAGAGCCCUGGCUUAUCACCACCAUAACAGAAGAAGACCCCAAGCAGCAGCAGCAAGAGAAGAAGACCAUCACGCCCCUGCCCCUUCCUAUCCUUGAGAAAAUCGAAUCCUACGAGUUCUCUCCACACUCUUGGUCCGAGGUCAGCAAAGCCUUAGAAGACCUCAAGCCCUCUCUUCACCAACCUCCUCCUCUCCCUUCUAAAACCAAUCGCCCUCAACUCCCCCCUCCCUCCUCUGAUCGCAAGAGUCCUCCCCAGAAGACCAGCUCCCUCCACACCCUCGAAGAGCUCGCCGCCCAGCUUUCCUCCUCAACCAACAAAAAGAAUCCACCCUUCUCCCCUCCUCGAUCCCUGUCGCCACCCCGUCCGCCCUCGCUUGAGCUUGCGGGCUUCAAGCCGGUGAAGGAGAACAGCUUCAUAAUUCGCGACCGUCAGGAGAGGGAGAGCAAGAAGGCCAGUGGCGAUCUCACCGCCACUGCCCGGUGGCGGCGGCGGCGAGACCCUUUGGAGGGCUAUCCUGAACGCUGCCCGUCGGGGAAUGGCGACGGCGUGGUUCUUUACACGACGACGCUGCAUGGGGUGCGGCGGACGUUCGAGGACUGCGAGUGGGUGCGGCGGGCGGUGGAGGUGCAUGCGGUGGAGGUUGGGGUGGUGGUGGAGGAACGCGACGUGUCGCUUCACGGAGAUUACUUGAAGGAGGUGAGGGAGCUGGUCGGCGAGGGGGCGGCGGUGCCGAGGUUGUUCAUAAGGGGGAGGUACGUAGGAGGGGUGAAGGAGGUGGCGGAGCUUGGGGAGACCGGGAAGCUGAGGGAGAUGCUAUGUUGGAUGGCGGCGAGAGGGGAGAGGGGGAGAGGAGGGUGGAGGGAGUGCAAGGGAUGCGGCGGGGCGAGGUUCGUGCCGUGCUUGGAGUGCAAUGGGAGCUGCAAGGUGGUGGCGGAGGACGGAAAGGGGGUGCUGAGGUGCGGCAAGUGCAACGAGAAUGGACUGAUGUUGUGCCCACUUUGUCAUUAGACCCAGUUGUGAGCAUCACGUAAUUAAUUAGGGGAUUAGGGAGGAGGAUGGCUUAGCUGCUUAAACAUAUAAGAUGUUGUAGAAAAUGUGAGCGGUAGGUAAUAUGUGGUGUUAUUUUUUUUUUUUGUUUUUUUUGGUAGAAGGUAAUAUGUGGUGUAUGUUUAUGGGAUUUAGAUCCUUUUGGGUACGUGUUUUGCACCAUGAAAAGCUACCCUAUUUUGGAUAGCCACCAUGUCAUCCAUCUCGAAGAUGGACAACUAUUAUUCAUCAAGCAUGUCUCGUAUUUGGCAUGGAACAUGGCACAUAUGAGAUGAGUAAUAGCUAUUCGUCUCCGAGAAGGAUGAUGUGGUUGCUAUUCAGGACUGUAUAGCUCUCGAUUAUGUAAAACACGUACUGUAAAUAAUUAAAAUUCAUAUACAUAUAGAAGCAUGUUCUUUUAUAGAAUGAUUAGCUUGUUUUA